UCCUACUACUUUAGUAACUAGUGUAACUGUUUCAGCUCAGAAGUAUUCGAGUCCUUAGAAAAACCCAAGUCUUCAAAUAACAAUAGAAACAUCAAUUAGUUUCACUUUAUGCACAUCCAAUUUCUAUGGAGGAAGCUCACUUAGCAACUUCUGCCUUCAACUAUCUUACCACCAAACUGUAUUAAAGCUCAUUCUUUCAGACCGACACUUCGAAAAGGCUGCUUAUUGUCCAACACUUGUGAAGCCGUUCGACAUCUAAACCCGAAACAUGGAGAAACCUGUUUCUCAAUCAAUUCAGAUAUCUUCAAAGCCAAAGUCUGUCACAGAACUUCUUAAGGAAAUCGCGAUGUUAGAGCUGGAAGUACUGCAGUUGGAGAAGUAUCUUGUUUCCCGGUAUCAAAAAGCUCUUGAUCGCCGACUAGCCUCGCUGUCAAAAGACAGCAACGACGUUUUAUCAGAAGAAAUGGUCUGUUCUAAUCGUUUUCAGAUGCCUGCAGAUCAACCUAUCAAUAACAACAUUUGCUUAGAAGACAGCAAUAAUGAAGCUAAGGAACAAGAAGAUGUGCUUGGUAGUAGCAUUCACCGGUGUCACUCUUCGUUAUCUCAUCAAUCGAUAGCUUAUGCAAGUCGAUUAUCUCCUUUAGCAGGGAAGGUUGCUGAAGCUGUGAAUUCUUACCAUUCCUUGCCUUUGACUAUGCUGGAGCCAGAAGCUUGUGAAGUUCCAAACAAUGUGGCUACCUAUAACUUCAGUGAAGUUAAAGAGACAGCAAAUUGGCUUUCAGCGGAGAUGGUCAGGUGCAUUUCAGCCAUUUACUGUAAACUAGCAGGAAAUUCUGUGAUCAGCAACAAUUUCUCAUCACCUGCUGUAUCAAUUCCAUCGUCGAUAAGUGGAUCACCACAAACUCAUGAAUCUAAUUUGUGGAGUCCUCUUAGGAUAAAAUCUUUUCAGGACUUACAUUCAGAUGCACCUUACCAAGCGGGAGGACAUUUCGAGUUUAGUGGACUUUACAGUCAAAUGGUUGAGGUCCUCCAGAUUCAUAGGGACAGUACAAAAUUCAGAGAUAUUGAGCCCAUGCUUCAAAAAUAUAGGUUACUUGUUAACAAAUUGGAUGGAGUAAAACCGAGCAAAUUGAACCACAAAGAGAAGUUAGCAUUUUGGAUUAAUGUGCACAAUGCUCUUGUGAUGCAUGCAUUUCUGGAGUAUGGAGUGCCACAAAACAAGCUUAAACGACUGUCCUUGAUAUUAAAGGCUGCAUAUAGUAUUGGGAGUCAUACUAUCAGUGUGAGCAUGAUACAGGACUACAUUCUUGGGAACCAAUUGCCUCACCCGGGACAAUGGUUUCAUAAAUUACUCCAUAUUAAGAAAAAAUUCAGGACUGGAGACAGAAGAAGAAUGUUCGCGAUUGAUCACUCUGAACCUCUAUGUUACUUUUCCCUUUGCUGUGGAAGCCAUUCCGAUCCACAAGUUCACGUAUACACGCCUCAGAGAGUGUUCCAAGACCUGAUGGCUGCAAGAGACCAGUACAUCUUGAGCAAUUAUCGAGUUCAUAAAGAACAGAACAAGAUACUACUGCCAAAGAUUGUAGAGAGUUAUGCCAAAGAUUCCGGCUUACACCCACCUGAACUCAUGAAGAUUCUGGAGCAGAUUCUCCCUGCAGAUCUUCAGAGAAACAGGACUACUUCUAGUUACAACUUUCGACAUAGGAAAGGAUGGAAAGGCAUUGAAUGGAUUCCCCACGACUUUUCUUUCCGCUAUCAGUUCCCCAAGGAUCUCUUGCAGUGAUCAUACACCCACUUAUGAGCUGAAAAAACUGAGUAGAUGUUGAUACACAAACAUAGCGUGAAAGAGGUGCUGAUCAAACCGGCUCAGGGUCUUGUUAUGUCUAUUGGUGUCGCGAGGAUGUCACUCAAUUAUGCAUGAACAAGACAACAAAGUUGAUAAUGUUUCAAUGUAAUUGGACUUGAGCUUAUUUGAUCACUAUUAUCUUGAUGAAAUUGCUUUGUUUGUGGUUCAAGUUGAACCCCUAAAUAUGAGAAGAUAAGCUAAGGGAAUUGAAUUUGGCUUUUGCUUGGUUGCAUUUUUGGCAUAUGUGUGUUUGGUCGGUCUCCUAUGUAGUGGUUAAGUAUUACUCAAGAAAGAUUAGUUUUGUCAAUUGCUUGGAGAAUUGUUGGCUUUCUACAUUUUUGACAAUGAAAUAUUGAAAUAAAAUUAUGAUGCCAAAAGAGCAUAUUUUACAGGUGAUACAUGCCAACAUGAGCA